AUGGCUCCACGCCGCUGGCUGUGGCCUUGCUCCGAUUCCCACGUCCUGCGACUGCCUGCCUACCAGAAGCCCACCCUCCAAGCUUGCCUCAUACACCCUGAGAAUCCUGACCAAGUCCUGGUUCACGAUUCUGACGAUGAUCUGGACGACGACUUCCACUCGGCCAAACGCCGCCGCAUCGAAGCCAUCGCCCAUGCUUUUCUCAAUGGCCAACCCAUCUACAUCCCCUCUGCUAGGUUGAGGGGCCCCUUCCCUGCUGACAGAGAUUUGUCUCUUUGUCACGACCUUCUUUCAAGCCCCGAUGCUCGACCUAUCUCGCCUCCACCCACUGUCACCGCCGACUCCUUCAUUCGUCGUAGACCUGAGCACCUACGCCCCAAGUCUGUCACUCCCGAACCUGCUCUCACGCCAUUCAAGUCUCGCCAGUCUUCUCCCGUCGUGUUAGAAAAUCCUGUUAGCCGUCCACAAUUCUCUCAUCAGCCCGCGCGUCCAACCACAAACAAGUCUUUGAGAUUCAACCUUCCAUCCUCCGCAGUCUCGGCUCCGACCACUGUGCUACCGCCACUGCCCAAAUUCGUUGCUAUCAACAAGGCUCUACCCCAGUCUCGCCGCACGCCGAACCAGCUACCAAGUUCUACCGCCCCGUCUCGUUUCUUUUCCUCUCCAAGAGUCCGCAUACCCGAUACAGACUUUAUAUCUCCUAGCCCAUCGCCUUCCAGAAAUGACAUCUCUCCAAGCAAAGCCGUUGCUUUGAGACAGAGACCAGCGUCCUCGCUAAACAGAAUCGAUAAAGCUCCUUCCCCGUCUCACAAGCUCUCGAGUUUGAAAAAGAACAAGCGACCAACCAGAAGAGUUUAUCAGGCUGCGACCACUUUCGACACCACUUCGCCUUUCAUAUACAGAAGAUAUGCCGCCCAGUCGAAAAAAGUACCCGACCCGUCUAAAGAAAAGAGUGUCGAACCAGAGGCUGUGCCUGUCGAGUCCGAACAAGUGCGUGUCGAACCCAGCACAACGAGCAGGCAGUCCCAGACUUCAGUCUCGCCCGAGAAACGGCACCAUGUGCUAUUCCAGUCAUCUCUGGAUGUCCCAAAUCCGAAGCCAUCACACGCAUCGCCGACCGCUGUUGAUCCCGAGCAAUCGCCAGAACGCCCUCGCCACGAUUUUGUCCCUGCGAUCAACAUGUCUUUUGGGCAAGAGUCUCUUGGCAUGGACUUUGGCAUUCUCAAUCAUUACCACGUUUCUUUGCCUGCGCUCUCUGCAGAGGAGAAUGAACACAUCUUCGGUCCAGCAGGAAACACCUUAUUGGAAGUCACUGGCGAUUCAGCUGACCAGCCUAUGGGAGAUACUAUCAUGGACGAUGUGGCAGAGCCGGAGGAAGAUCUUGCGGACGAGCUGCCAUACGUCAGUACUCAGGCAGCCAUGCAAGAUGCUCAUCGUGCUCUCUUCGAUGCAUCUUCACCUUUGCAGCCACAAGAGGAGAGGGUCGAGUUGCCUUUCGAGACGCCGGCAAAACAGGUCACAAGUCCUCCAUCGAGUCCAGUACACACCAUCACACCAUUCCAUCAGUUCAAUGCCGAGUUGACUACUGACACACAAGCUCCACUGCCUAAUACGCAAGCCUUAUUUGACGGGUUCUACUCUCCAAUCAAGCUGAGUGUCAAAAAACCGAGAACCACAAAGAGGGCGAGCUUCGCUCCUUCUGUCAUCCUUGAGGACGUGGACGAUACUAUCACAAGCAUCUUUGACUUCCCGGACGAUGAUGUUGUGCGCAAGAACAAUCAAAACGAAGAACUUGAGCAACAUGAGUCCGCAAGCAACGACCAAUAUCAAUCACCUGCUCAGGACCUGCUCAGUCCAAUGGAGUAUCAAGACCAAACGCAUCUCUCUCCCCCCUCGAGACCUGGCGAAAUCACCUUCUCUGCCUCAAAACUUCGCAAAAUCCCCUCUCCCCCAAAUCCAGCAAACCGCAGCGAAUCUCCAGACUUCAUUCCUUCUCAGAAGCUUCCAGUCUCGACAAGGGAGUCGACUGGUCACGUUUUGCCUACUCUACAACAGGAUUCGACAGAUGUAGACGGACCGCCGGCAGCACGGCCUCAUCUGACCUUUGCUGGCUCAGGUCGUUCCUUUGACUCAGUAUCGUUUGAUGUGCCCGAUGGUUCUUCCACCAUACCAGGUCCCAGUCUCGCUUUUGACCAUGCGCAGCAGAACGCAACACCCGCCUCGGAAACGCUUGUCUUUACGCCCGGCAGCGCACCACAGAGCACAGGACCGCUGUCCAGUUUCCAGCAUGCUCAGAAGCAGUACAGUAGUUUGACCGACCUUGACAGUACGAUGCCAGAUUUGCCGCAAACAUUCCUGCCACCAGUACGUUGA